UAUUAUAAACAAACUUCUUUGGUACGUAAAGUUAAUUGCAAAUGAUAUGAAGUAGUUGAACUCGAAAUGGAGAUUUUAUUGUCUGUUAAUAAUCUAAAAUCUCUGUGCCGCAUUUGCUGUGAGAUAGGGAAUUAUGAAAUAGGAAAACAUGAAAUUUCCAUGCCAAACUUGGGUAUACGAAUAAGUGUUUCUGCAAUGUUUGAAAUAUUUUGUGACUGGGCUGUACUAAAAAGUGCAAUCCAAGAUUUAGGUGAAGAUUACCAUAUGAUAUGCAGUGAAUGCUUGAACAAUCUAGUCUCCUGCUAUAUUUUUAAUAAGAAGUUAAAAGAUGGUUGGAUGCGUAGUGAACAAAUGCUUCGGGAUGCAAUUGAUUUGGAAACGGUUGCAUUAGAUCUUGAGACACAUGAUGUUUUAGAUAAAAAAGUGCAUGAUGUAGAUGAUAUACAAGAAACUGAUCAAGCACAAGAAGUAGUUGAUGAACAAUGUAUGGAAGAAUACAAUGUUAAAGAACCUCCCAUUUGUACAAUGAAGAAGAAAAGAUAUUAUCCAGUUAGAAGAAAAGUGAAUAAAAAAAGAAAUCAAAAUAUAGAAAUUACAACCAAAAGAGUUUUGUAUAAUAUGAGAAAAGAAAGCUCCUUACCAUCAACUUCUAAACAAGCAAGAAGAGAACAAACACUUUUAAAUAAUAUGGUUAAUAAAAAUAAAUCUAGAGAAUUGGAAAUGGAAGAUUUUGGUCCCAAUAAUCACUCAACUGCUGGUACUUAUAUGCCCAAUUUGGAUGAUGCGGUUUUAAUCGUUUCAAAUUUUUUAUCAGGCAAUGAUGAUAUGAAUGAUACAGUGCAUAGAAGUAGCGAUCCAUCUAUUCAUAAAAUAUGUACUGUUGAAUAUGGAGCAGUCGAAAUCAAAUAUAAAGACUUACAUAAUAUGAAUAACAUCGAUAGUGCCAUCACAUUGUCAACGACUAAUCAAAUUAAUGGAGAUACGGUUUACUCUUGUACGUUUUGUAAUGUUAUAUUCUCUGUGCAGCAGUUGCUAAAAGCACAUUUGCUUAAAUAUCACGUAUGUCAAUACUGCACAAUAUCAUUUAAAAAACCCGAAGAUCUAUACCAACAUGUACAUACACAUCAUCAACAGCACCAGUGCGUCAUUUGCAAAAAAAAUUACACCACAAAUACUAAUUUAAAGGUACAUAUUCGAAAAAUGCAUGGAAUUAAGAUACCGGCACAUGUAUCCUUACUCGGUAUUAAAGAAGGUUCAUGUAAAGAAGAGAUCUGCAUGGAUGAACUGACAUAUGAACAGCCUUCAUAUGAGGAUGAAGUGCCAACGUCCAGUUCGAGUACACAUUACAAUAACACUACUGAUGUAUUCAAUGAACUCGAUCAAUUUGCAGACCACGAUGUGAAUCACAUAAAACACAAUUAUGAUUGUAUCGAAUAUAUUGAGUAUCCUGAACAUGGUACAAACUAAAAAUGUAAUUGAAUUGACAUUUCUUGG